UCGGGCGGUGUGUUUACAGGAGACGGGGCUGUGGGAGCUCGGUUCCCUCUUGUCGGGUCUGUCCCCGGGAGGGAGAAGAAGCAUCUUCCAUCUCUCUCUCUCUCCUCCAGCUCUGGGUUGUGGAAGGAGAGGCCGGUCGAGGAGGAGCCGGAGCCGCCUUCUGGCUGAAGCAGCGGCCGUCGGGGUUUUGAAAAAAAAUAAAUAACUCAUAAAAAGAGCCGUCAAACAGCAGCUGAUCCACCACCCCCUCCUGUCACCCCACCCCCUUCACCCCCACCCUUUCAUCACUUCCCUGCCCCUUCACCCUCCACAUCAACUAUCCCCAGCCUCCUAAAAAGCUUUAAAAAAAAGCCGAAGCAACGGGGGAGAAAGGAGGCAACGGGAAGAUGUUGGCCCUCUUUAACAAGCUGCUGGACUGGUUCAAGUCCCUCUUCUGGAAGGAGGAGAUGGAGCUGACCCUGGUGGGGUUGCAGUACUCGGGCAAGACGACGUUUGUCAAUGUGAUAGCGUCUGGACAAUUCAGUGAAGACAUGAUACCAACAGUCGGAUUCAACAUGAGAAAAAUUACCAAAGGAAAUGUUACCAUCAAGCUCUGGGACAUUGGCGGGCAGCCUCGAUUUAGAAGCAUGUGGGAACGUUACUGCAGAGGAGUCAGUGCAAUUGUCUACAUGGUGGAUGCUGCAGACCACGAGAAGACAGAAGCUUCAAAGAAUGAACUGCAUAAUUUAUUGGAGAAACCACAGUUGCAAGGCAUCCCGGUGCUAGUUCUUGGGAAUAAGCGAGACCUACCUGAGGCAUUGGAUGAAAAGGAACUGAUAGAAAGAAUGAACCUGUCUGCUAUCCAAGAUCGUGAAAUCUGUUGCUAUUCCAUCUCCUGCAAGGAAAAGGAUAACAUAGAUAUAACACUACAGUGGCUCAUUCAACAUUCAAAGACCAAACGCAGCUGAGAACAAGGAUGUUGAUUUCUUAAUCACCCAGGACCUGCCAUAGUUAACCCUGACCUCUUUCCCUGGAAAGAAAGUUUAGAAAGCUGUCCAACAACACUGAGGUCAAAUUAAAGUUUUUAUCACAAGAGAGUGUACAAUAUUAUUUUGCACUUUUUUAUGUUUUUAUAUAAUUAAGCUAAGUUACUAAAUCUGAUUAUGAAAUUAAUAAUUUACCCGCUGUCAGUUUGAAAAGGGUUUUGUUAUUGUAUAAAUGGGAUGUUUUUAUUUUUAAUAUGCAUGCUUUUAAAGCCCCAUUGUAGGAAGGAACUCCUUUUAUCAGGAUGCUACAGUUGUUGCUGUUGAGGAAGCACGUUUACAUUCCAUUGCAUUAACUGAGCAUGCUCAGGGGAUUUAUGCAGUGGACAAUUGUUAUAUUGAGUAAAUAUGCAUUUACUUCAUUACUCCACCUAACAAGCCCAGUCUUGUUAUUUGGACCUCAAUAACAAUUGUGGGUAGUCUGGAGCUACUUGAAAAAGUGAUUGCAUUUUUAUAUAUUAAAAAGAAGUCAAUGAAGUCAUCUACAGAGAAGCCAUAUCUCUUGUAUCUUUAAUUGUAAGAUGUUCUAAAUGUCAAUACAAAAGAACCCAUCCGAUGAAUGCCUGUUGCUGGAAAAUGAUGGAGAGAGAUGAUGUAUGGUCAUAAUAUAAUCUACCAUGUACAUUUAAGGUGUUGAAGGUUUUACCAGUUCAUUACAAGAAAACUUGCAGCGCCUAGGAAACUAGGAAUUAGUAUUUGCAAAUGCCGGAUAUCUGGUUUGAAUAUGUACUUAAUCAUCCUAAGUUGCUAAAUGAUGUCAUUUACAAGAUCUGCUAUUUGGAGAAAAUAUUACAGAGAAUAACAUAGCCUUAAAUUAAAGUAUUUAGUUUACUGCUCCAUAGUGGUACUAUAAAUCAAAGCAUGUUAUUCAGUUUGUCAUUUUCAAUAAUAUCAAAUGGUGGACAGUGACACUGAAUUGUGAUUCAGAGAGGUGCGAUUUGGUUCAUCGUGCCUGCACCAGCUCUCUGAGGAAGUCUAAGGUGUGGUUUGGUAUCUCUCUCUGUUAUUUGGCACGUAACGUGCAUUGUCACCUUUUUAAGGAUUAGUACUAUCACUAGUCCAAUGAUGUGACUUGAACCAGUUUUCUCUGAUAUCCUUGCCACAUAAAUUAUAUUUGUGCUUAAUAGCUGAAAUCUGAUUCAAAGAUUUUUUUGAUAUGCGUGUAGUUUUUUUAAAAAGCAACAUUAAAGCAUUGAAAUCUACUCAGGAUGGGGAAAUGAGACAAGCUACUAUCCGCUUUUUAAUUUCUCUUGCUUUGUAGCCUGCAUGGUUCCUUAAAUGUUUAAACUGCUGCUGUAUUAAUAGCACAUCUCUAUGGUUGCACAUUGAAGUAGUUUUACUUUUUGACAGGUAACCUAACGGGUGAUGAGCUUGUUCUUUUUUUGUUGUGACUUGCCUUUUAAUAAGUUUACAAUCUGUUUUAAAUUGCAGUUUUGUACAUACAGAUUUAAACCAAAUCGUUGAAAUUUUUAAAACACAAAUUUGUCAUAAAUAUUGUACUAGAUAGUAAUUUGCUUACAUGCUGGUACUUGGUUGUAAAAUCUAAUGGUUAGCAGUGUUUGCUAUUGUAUAAGACAAAUGAUGGACUAAUAGCUUGUUGUAUGUUUUAUCUUGAACUGUGACUGGUUUUAAGUGAAUCCUUUAUCCUGCAGUUUUAGGAAAUCGAUAAAUAAUUGAAGCUAAUGCAUACUGUGUCAUAUAUAAUAGUUUGUUGACUUGUACAGUCAACUUGUCAAAUAAUUGUCCUGUGGGUGAUUGAUGUACUGUUGCUCUUGUCAUUUGAUGAAGCUAAUGCUG